UCCCUCUCUCUCUCUCUCUCGCUCUCAUCUUUUAUGAGCCCUCGCGCUUCUCAGGGCUCAAAAGUAACUGUUUUUCGUCUCCAGCGUUUUCUUUUAGUGGACAGAGACAACCGCAGCCCUGAGGUCAUAAUCAUGGUCCAGGCUAAAUCAUGGACUCUGGUUAAACACUUUGAUGGCUUUCCAAAGGACAGCGACUUUAAACUCAAGGUGGAGGAGCUUCCAGAGCCCAAAGAUGGAGAGGUGCUUUUGGAAUCAGUUUUUCUCAGUGUGGAUCCAUACAUGAGGCCGUACAGCAGGGUUCGUAUGAAGGAGGGAGAUGUCAUGAUCGGAACUCAAGUAGCAAAAGUGAUCCAAAGUAAAAACCCAGCGUUUCCUGUUGGAAGUCACGUUGUGAGUGGUUUUGGUUGGAGAACCCAUGCAGUCAGCGAUGGGACGGGCCUGACUCCCAUCAUGCCUGACUGGCCUCAGGACGUUUCGAUGUCUUUGGCUCUGGGUGCCAUCGGCAUGCCAGGACUGACGGCUCUGUAUGGGAUCGAAGAAGUCCUGGGACUACAGAAAGGCGAGACUCUGCUGGUGAACGCUGCAGCUGGAGCGGUGGGCUCUGUGGUGGGGCAGAUCGCCAAGAUCAAGGGCUGUAAGGUGGUCGGUUCAGCCGGCUCUGAUGCUAAAGUCGCUUACCUGAAGGAGCUCGGAUUUGACGAGGCCUUCAACUACAAAACCGUUAGUUCCCUGGAUGAGGCGCUGAGGAAGGCCUCCCCUGACGGGUACGACUGCUUGUUUGAAAACGUUGGAGGUCAUUUUACAACUGUUGCCCUUCAACACAUGAAGCACUUUGGAAGAAUAGCUGUGUGUGGAAGUAUCUCUGUGUACAAUGACACCACACCUCAGACAGGGCCGUAUCCACACCUGGCAAUGAUCUUCAAGCAGCUUAAGAUGGAGGGUUUCCUGCAGAGAAGGUGGGAACACAAACAUGCUGAAAGCCUGAAGAGACUGAUGGCGUGGCUUCAAGAGGGGAAACUGCAGCAUCGGGAACACGUCACUAGAGGCUUUGAAAACAUGCCAGCUGCUUUUAUGGGGCUGCUGCAGGGAGAAAACCUGGGCAAGGCAAUCAUCACGGUCUGAUGUCCUACCAACAAGAGGCAUUAACACAAACUCAUGAAGGAAACAAUGAAACUAGCAUCAGAAAUAAUAUGCACUAAACAAAACUAUUAACGAAGUAUCAGUAAAGCACCUUCGAGCAGCUAUUAAUAGCUUUUGAACAUUACAGAGCUGCUGAUAAAAACUAAACAUUUUUAUCACUUUAAACUACUCUGUCUUUUAAAGCGAUCUCGGUCUGAAACAUGAAUAUCAAAUUUUAAUGACUUUCUACAGUUAAGAGUUUUUAAGUUUAGCAAAAAUCCACAAUUUAAUGUUUUUUUUUUUUUUUUUUUAAUUGGCAAUUUAAUUGUGGUGGCGCAGUUGGUAGAGCCUCUCAACGAGCAGGUCGCCGCAUCGAAUCCCAGCCGAGUGACCCUUCUGGGUGGAGUUAGUAUGUUC